AUGUCGGGAGAAAGUUUUUUAUUCAUUUUUGCAGUUAUUUUCAAUGCUGUCAAUUUAUUCGCUCAAGUAUUCUUUACUAUUAUGUAUUCUGAUUUAGAAUGUGAUUAUAUUAAUCCUAUUGAAUUAUGUAACAAAUUAAAUCCUUGGUUCAUUCCUGAAGCGGGAUUACAUGGAUUCAUUACUAUUUUAUUCUUAGUUAAUGGAUUUUGGUUCCCAUUCUUAAUCAACGCUCCUUUAUUAGCUUAUAAUGUUAACAAAUUCAUUAACAAAAAUCAUUUAUUAGAUGCUACUGAAAUUUUUAGAACUUUAUCUAAACAUAAAAAAGAAUCAUUCAUUAAAUUAGGUUUCCACUUAUUAAUGUUCUUCUUUUACUUAUAUAGAAUGAUCAUGGCUUUAGUUUCUGACGAUGUUUAA